AUGGCCGGAAGUGUGACGCAGGGAGCGCUCGCUGCGACCAUUCUGUUUAUUCUUCUCAGCUUAGCGAUAUCCACUGAUGUUCCAACCCCUGCCAACUCAGCCGAUCUCGACCGUUGGAUCUCGGUCAAUACCAUGGCAUUCAAUGCUCGGAGGGCUGAGAUUGCAAGCGGGAUCGACACCAAGCUCGAACCCCGGUUGGUGGUGGCAGAGAAAAAGAGACAGGUGAUAACGGUGAGUCAAGAUGGGAAGGGUGAUUUCAAAACUGUAACGGAUGCCGUUAACAGCGUCCCAGCAGGGAAUUCACACCGCACAAUUAUAAAGAUCGGGCCUGGGAUUUAUAAGGAGAAGGUGUUGGUGGAUCGAUCUCGGCCGUUCAUCACAUUUUAUGGGGAGCUGAAUGCAAUGCCGACCAUUACAUUCGAUGGGACAGCUGCGAAGUAUGGAACUAUAUACAGCGCGACGGUCGCAGUGGAGUCACACUUCUUCAUGGCCGUCAAUAUCAUCUUCCAGAACACAGCUCCAGAGCCAGCACCUGGAGCACAAGGAGGACAGGCAGUUGCAAUGCGUAUAUCCGGCGACAAAGCAGCUUUCUAUAACUGCAAGUUCUAUGGAUACCAAGAUACUCUCUGCGAUGAUAUAGGCCGCCAUUUCUUCCAGGACUGUUUCAUUCAGGGCACCGUUGAUUUUAUCUUCGGCAAUGGAAGGUCCAUCUAUAAGAAUUGUGAGCUACACUCAGUGGGGAAGGGUGCUAUUGCAAUCACAGCACAAGCAAGGAACAGCGUGGCUGACAAGAGCGGGUUCUCAUUCCUCCACUGCAAAGUUACAGGCAGUGGCAAUGUCUAUCUGAGUCGGGCAUGGAAGCAAAGCUCAAGAGUUGUGUUUGCAUACUCGUACUUGGACAGCCUUGUAAAUCCUAAAGGAUGGGAUGAUAAGGGAUACUUAGACCGUCACCAGACUGUUUUCUACGGGGAGUACAAAUGCAUGGGGCCAGGGUCGAGCACCAGCCAACGUGCGAGCUAUGGCAAGGUCCUGACCGAUGCCCAAGCCAAACCCUUCAUCAGCAUGACUUUCAUCCGCGCUGCCACGUGGCUACUCCCUCAUCCCACGCUCUAG